AUGCUCAGAGUCCUGGUCAAAGGAGAGCCUGGGGUCGGGGAACCGGGAGAGUUUGAGUUGGUGGGGCUAUUUGAUGAAGGGGCAAGCCUCAUUGCCCUAACAAGGAAGAAGAGGAGAUCGAUCAAAGAGCUGUUCGGCAACAGACCCAUCGUCCGCCUAGGCAAAGGGUCUUACGGGACUUGCAACCUUGUGCAGAAUAAAGAUUUGGUGGUCAAACUCUUCAAUAAGACUCUCGCGGAGCUACGCACUGCUCAGAAUGAAAUAGAAGUCCUGCAGCAGCUUCGUGAAGCUCCGGGACUCCAAAAGCUGGUUGGCGCUUGGCCGGACCAGCUCGGUCUGAUCUUGCAGAACGCUGGAAAAAUGGUCUGUCAGUGGAACCAGUCGGGAAAGCUGCCUGAUACUACCAAGCUGAAGGUCAUUUUUUCCUUCGCAAUGGCGGUCCGGAACAUUAUCGACAGUGGGUACGUCCACAACGACCUCCACAGCAGCAAUAUCUGCACGAAUUUCGUCGACGAGAACGAACCCGUUAUCACGAUCAUUGACUUCGGCAUCGCAACGAAGAUCGGAGAGUACAUGUGCUAUGAUAAAGUUUCGGGCAUAGAGCUGCACUUGGCCCCGGAGCUGUACGAUGACGUGUACUCGAAGUCCGUGCCCGACCUUCUGAAAGUGUGGGUGACGAAGACUAAGAGCAGUGUCUGCGAGGAAAGGCCGACCAUCAAGGACCUCAUCGAGAUUCUGACGCGCGUCCUCAACCACUGA